ACAACCAUCCCCAACUACUAAUAAUAAGUCCCUUUAAAAACUCCAUAACAUCUAUUGCUCCUGUUUUAUUAUUGCAUUUACAAGUCACUUUCAGCAUCCUAAUUUGAUCUUGUUCUUGUUUUUUUGGGAAAUAUCUGUUUGAUUAAUCAUGGCUCAAGAAACAGUAAAGCUAGAAGAAGAGGUUGUUCUGGUUGAAGAACUUGGAAAUGCUAGAGUUGUAACCUUAAAUCGCCCGAAACAGUUGAAUGUCAUUUCACCCCAAGUGGUAGAACUGCUGGCAGCGAAUCUCGAGAAGUGGGAGAAAGAUGAGAAUGCAAAAUUUGUUAUCAUCAAGGGUGCUGGCCGGGCUUUUUCUGCUGGUGGGGAUUUGAAAAUGUUCUAUAAUGGCAGGAAUUCAAAGGAUUCCUGUCUCGAAGUUGUUUAUCGAAUGUAUUGGCUUUGCAAUCACAUCCAUACGUACAAAAAAUCCACGGUUGCUCUUGUUCAUGGAAUCUCAAUGGGUGGAGGUGCAUCCUUAAUGGCUCCAAUGAAGUUCUCUGUUGUGACUGAAAAGACGGUUUUUUCCACUCCUGAAGCAAGUAUAGGCUUCCACACAGACUGUGGUUUCUCAUACAUUCUCUCUCGGUUUCCUGGUAGACUUGGGGAAUACUUGGGUUUAACUGGAGCGAGGCUGAACGGUAAAGAAUUGGUUGCUGCUGGACUUGCCACACAUUUUGUACCUUUGGAGAAACUGCCUGAGCUAGAGAAACACUUAUUAAGUUUAAACACCGGUGAAGAGGCUGCUAUCAGAUCUGCAAUCAAGGAGUUCUCAACAGAUGUUCAGAUCGAUGAAGAAAGUAUCUUGAAAAAGCAGGCAAUAAUUGAUGAGUGCUUCUCCAAGGAUUCUGUUGCAGAGAUUAUUAGUUCAUUUGAAGCUGAGGCAGGCAAAGAAGGAAAUGGUUGGAUUGUGCCGGUGCUUAAAGGCCUAAAAAGAUCAUCCCCAACAGGUCUAAAAGUUACUCUAAGAUCGAUUCGGGAAGGGAGGAAGCAAACUUUAUCUGAAUGUCUGAAGAAAGAAUUCAGAAUUACAAUCAAUACACUAAGAUCGAGAAUAUCUGGUGAUGUCUAUGAGGGUAUCAGGGCUCUUACCAUUGACAAGGACAAUUCUCCAAAAUGGGACCCUCCAACUCUUGAAAAGGUUGAGGACGAGCGAGUCAACCUCGUUUUUGAGCCAUUUGAAGAAGAUUUGGAGCUCAAGGUUUCAGAAAAUGAACAAGACAGGUGGGAUGGAAAGUAUGAAGAUUCAGCAUAUUGCCAUCAGUGAAAAAUCAGAGUACACGAUCAGUUUAAUAGCGUUGGCCGUUGGUCUUAUAGUCCUUGUUAUUUUAGCAUACUCUUGCUGGUGCUGCAUGCUUCCAUCAAAAUUAUUUUCUGAUGUAAUAGGUUUAUAACAAUAAUCAAUAAACUCGAUUCUCGGAAGAAACUGUUUGUUCUGUACUAUCUUCUUCACAUUUUAAUAAUGGUUUUGGCUUA